AUGGCUCAUCGUUUUGCCUCUGCGGAUCGUCGACAAGUGACGACAUCGAUAGAAGGAUUGCGCGAUAGGAUACGAGUAUUAAAUGCCCAAGUCCCUAAUCUCAUCAGAGGAAUGGCCACGAAAUCACCGAAUGUCGCAAUAGGCCAACUUAUCGUGCACGUCGCAUCACUCAACGUACAGCUAGUACAACUGAAGCAUAAAGUGACUUAUCUUGAUCCAGAAUCUAGUGGCGAAAGUGACGCUUAUCUUUGUCUCGUCCUCAUUUUGCAGAAGAAAAUGUUUGGUCGUUUUAAUCGCUCGGUUAUAGCAAGCCGUCGACUUCUCACUUCCGACAAUGUCGAUGCAGACGUCACUCUUUGGGAACAUAUCUGA